AUGAGAUGGGAGCUGGAUGAUACAAAUGCCGAACUAGAUACCGCGCACUUUCAAAGCAUGCUGAAGAAUUUCGAUACUGAUCCAGCUGAGGUCCUGGUUCUUGGUUCUGACGAUGAUUACCCUGUAUACACCUUAUCAAGAGCCUGGCUCAAUUUUACAGCGAAAGCGAGACUCAACAACGAACGCAACUUGAUAAUAUUUCAUUAUGCAGGCCACGGAACAACCAAGAAUGGGUCUUUCAACAUUGCGGAAAACAUGAGCGAAGAAUCAAAGACCGCCAACUUCGAAAGGGCUAUCCUUGCAGACGUCAAGGACCCGAAGGGGUUCUCGGAUAUUAUUGAUAUCCUGUUCAUCCUUGAUUGCUGCUAUGCUCAUUACACAACCCGAGCACCAAAGACUACUCGCAACGUUAUUGAGAUUCUUGCAGCAACAAGCUCCCAGACAGUCACAGCAAGAUCCGCACCAAAUAACACUUUUACUGCGAAACUGGCUAACGAGAUUGCUCGAAGGAAGAAAGCGCACCAUGAAAGUGUGGAGUUUACCAGCGUGUUUCAAAGCCUUCUCACCCGAUCAUCGACUAUAGUGAGACCCACGCAUGCCUUGCUCGUUGGUGCAGCUUCAGUUAACAUACCACUCAACGGACAUAGAACAGUAGACCCGCGAACUAUUCCCGCGGAUUACAACGCUCUUUUUGCCGUUAAUAUCUCAAGAGAUAUCACAAAAGAAGAGCUAAAAGAGCUCAGCACAUGGAUGCGGAAACUGCCAUCGUUCGCGGGAUUGAAGAUAGAGAAUAUCUAUCACACUCAAUCUAUGAUACAAUCUAAUUGCGGAAAAUCCUGGUCCGGCGCUAACUCAUCUCUUGCAACCUGA